ACGCUGCUUAAGACGUCACACGCCAAUCAGCGUGAGAGCGCUUGUAUUGCUGCAGUUGAGCACAGAACCGGGAGUUUCCUCAAAAUGAGCAGUUCAGAGGAAGUUUCGUGGAUUUCUUGGUUUUGUGGUCUACGUGGGAAUGAGUUCUUCUGUGAGGUGGAUGAGGAUUACAUCCAGGAUAAAUUUAACCUGACUGGACUAAACGAGCAGGUUCCUCACUACAGACAAGCCCUGGACAUGAUUCUGGAUCUGGAACCGGAUGAGGAGCUGGAAGACAAUCCGAAUCAGAGCGAUCUGAUCGAACAGGCGGCUGAGAUGCUGUACGGCCUGAUUCACGCGCGCUACAUCCUCACCAACCGUGGCAUUGCUCAGAUGCUGGAGAAAUAUCAGCAGGGCGACUUUGGCUAUUGCCCUCGUGUGUACUGUGAGAACCAGCCUAUGCUGCCAAUUGGGCUGUCUGAUAUCCCAGGUGAGGCCAUGGUGAAGCUCUACUGUCCUAAAUGUAUGGAUGUGUACACGCCGAAGUCGUCCCGUCACCACCACACCGACGGAGCUUAUUUUGGAACCGGGUUCCCUCACAUGCUCUUCAUGGUGCACCCUGAGUACCGGCCAAAAAGGCCUGCCAACCAGUUUGUGCCCAGGCUCUAUGGUUUCAAGAUCCACCCAAUGGCGUACCAGCUGCAGCUGCAGGCAGCCUCCAGCUUCAAGAGCCCUGUCAAAGCCAUCCGCUAAAUCACGGAAAGAAGGGAAGGGAGUGUCGGAGAGACGAGGGAGAGCAUCUGUCUUUACUCCUCCUCGCUCUUCACCAAGAGACCGCAUUGUUUAAUCUUAGGUUUGUUUAAGAGAAAUGUUUCAGUAUCAAGAGCGGGAAUUAUAGAAUGCACACACUUUGGAUAAACGUUUACUGUUAACACACACACACAUGCAGUCAGCGUGGGAUACCAUGCUGUCAUUCGGGUAUUCUUUGUUAAAAAAAAAAAAAAAAGUCCCUUCCUUAAACUUAACCUGUCAACAGAAGUUAUCUAAUUGAUGGAUGAACCCUGAGUGGUCAUGUGGUCACAAUGGCAGUGCAACUCACCGUUCAUCCAUGUAAAUGUCUGGAACAGGUCGUCAUCCUCCGUACAUCCCUUCUACAGAGGCAGAGACUGUUCGAUCAAGCUGUUCAAUCAACACUACUGAGUUUUCUUAUUGGCUUAUUUCAUAGAAAUUAAAAUUCUAAUAUAAAUUUCAGCUAACACAACCGCCUCUGCCUCCGUCAGUUCAGUGUGCCCUCCGUAUCCACGUUUUCCUGCCAGCGUUCCUUCUGUCAUUAUUUAUUCAAUUGUCCACAUUUUUGGAAAUGUGUUUUAUAGUUUCCCUUCCCUGAUCUUAACUGUGCAUCUCUGGUUCCAUAGAAAGGCAUGUGACUGCAGGAUCGAGACUAAUCGAAUGCAUUGAUGAAAAUCAUAAUUAUUGUUUCUCUUGGUGGCUUUUUUUUUUUUUUUUAUCUUUUGAUUUAUUUUUUUUCCUCCACUUUAGAGAUGUCCAGAGUUAUGAAUUCAAUAAACUUUUUUUCCUACA